AGCACGCAGCAAAACAACGCGAGAUCUUCAAGGGGAGAGAGAUUCAGCGAGAGGAACCGUAACACCGGCGAGCCAGAACCCGAUUCUCCCUCUGCGGAUACGCUGGACAAAGCGAAGGGUUUUCAUGCUCUUGAGACUGCACAGAAGCAUUACAGCUUGGUGGAGGUAUGACAUUAACCAGGGGCUCCUUCACUUAUUCCAGAGGAGAAGAAUAUACCGGAGAAUGGAAGGAAGGUCGGAGGCACGGUAAAGGUGAGCUGAAGUUUGCUGAUGGCACCUGUUAUAAAGGUCACUUUGAGAAUGGCCUGUUCCACGGAUCAGGGGUGUUAGUCUUUCCCGAUGGAUCCAGGUACGAGGGUGAAUUUGCCCAAGGAAAAUUCCAAGGGGUUGGAAUCUUCAGCAGAUUUGACGGGAUGAAAUUUGAAGGGGAAUUCAAAAGUGGCCGUGUGGAAGGAUAUGGGCUGCUGACAUUUCCAGAUGGUUCCCAUGGUGCUCCGCGGAAUGAGGGAGUGUUUGAGAACAACAAGCUUCUGAAACGUGAAAAGUGUCAGGCUGUGGUGCAGAGAGCCAAGAACUCAGCAUCCACUGCCCGCGGCUUCUCUGUAUAACAGACUGACCUCAGUGAGAGCACCCCUAACUGCAGCGUUCAAAUCAGGCCCCCAAAUACAUUACGAAUUGCAGUGUCACAAAUGAAGUCGAAGCUGACUGUGGAUCUGCUCUCAGGGGUGAUCUCUGCCUUCACCAAACAACGGAGCUCAAAAAUAUGUGAGACCCAUCAGACCCUCAGGGAUGGAUGAAAGUGUUUCCAUUCCACACACCUCUAUUUCUCUCACAUUGUUGCUCUGCCUUGGUUUCCUCUGGGGCCUAAAAAACAUCACAAAAUUCUGUAUGUUUGUUAUGGAGGCAUGGAUAAACUCAAGUCACCAUCAGAGGCAUUGCAGAUAAAGAAGCGUGGUCAGAUGAAGAUGUUUUUGGUAAAUGAAUGGAAUUUGCCUUCGUGAGUCUGCGAUUGUAUCACUUACGUUUGACUGUAUCGUUACUAUUGUAACUGUUUGUUUGUGUUACAAACCAACAUUUUCUUUAUUGCACAUUUGCCUUAGUUCUUGCAUUAAAAGUCAAUAUUGCUGGAUUAAAAUCUUGUUACCGAUAUACAACAGUGGUGAGGGAAUGUUUUCAGCAAGCUGUCUUAAUUUUUUAUUUAUUUGUUCAUUUCAUUCAUUUAAAAUGAGUACAUAUGAUUUACUAACACAUUAUAGGAUAUUGUAACAUUCUUUUUAGUUGUAUUGUUCUUGUACAUUACAGAAAACUAUUUGAAAUUAUUUAAAAAGUAUUGGGUUGUUAGGCAGAUAUAUGUUCACUUCAGAUGUUUGAUUUAAGUGUGUGUUUGCUUUAUUUUCUAAACAGACUGCUAAUUCACUGUUCCCAUCAUCCACAGUGUCAGACAGAAGCCUUAGUCACUAUCAUCUAAAAUAUACUGACACCAAAAAGCAUUUUGCACUAUUUAUUUGAGCAGAGAAUCAAAAGACUGACAUGAAAAAUAAAGUGAAAUAAAAGUCAGAAAACACCACCUGAUCCAAAUUUGGUGCAUCAUUUUUUAGUCACGCUUAUUCUGUUGUGAUAUUUUUCUUCAUAAGGUUUACAUAUACAA